AUGUCUCGCUACGCUGCAAGCCACGUUAGUACGCAAGGUCCCGGUGAUGCUCGUCCCACCGCUCUGCAGAUCGUCGAAGAUGAAGGCCUCACCGGGAAGCUCGUUGACAAGGUCUUUCUUGUGACGGGCGUGUCUUCCGGAAUCGGCAUCGAGACACUGCGUGCCUUGUAUGCCACCGGAGCGCAUGUGUAUGGCACUGUUCGCGAUAUGGACAAAGGUGAAGAAGUUGUCAGAGAUAUCAAAGCGAAGGGCCAGGGUGGCGAAAUCACACUGAUCCCUAUGGAGAUGGACAGUCUGGCCAGCAUCAAGAAGGGCGCCGAACAGUUCUUGAGUCAGAGCAAGCAGCUGAAUGGCCUCAUUGGCAAUGCAGGAGGAAGUGUCAUGGCAACUCCUUACGGCAAGACCCAAGACGGCUUCGAGACUCAAUUCGGCACGAACCAUAUCGGGCACUUCUACCUCUUCCAACUCCUCAAGCACGCUCUGCUCGACUCUUCCACCCCGGAGUUCCCAUCACGCGUCGUCUCAGUCUCUUCCAUGGGACAUCGGUGCGGCGAGGUCCGCUUCGAUGAUUACAAUUUCGAGGAUCCGGACACGUACGAAGCCUGGACAGCCUACGGUCAAGCAAAGACGGCCAACAUCUACUUCGCGAAUGAGAUUGAACGCCGCUAUGGCGCACGCGGGCUGCACGCCACAAGUCUGCACCCAGGCGGCAUUGCAACCGCGCUACAAAGGCAUCUUGAUCCUGAAUUGUUGAAGGGGUGGGCGAACGAUGAGAUUACAAGGUAUAUGAAGAGUCCAGAGCAAGGCGCUGCGACCACAGUGUAUGCUGCGCUAAGCAAGGAGUGGGCGAACAAGGGUGGCAAGUAUCUGAGCAAUUGCGUGGAGCAGCCAGCGUUUGACGCUCCAGAUGGUCCGUUGAGUCUGAAGAGCGAUGGCUAUGAGAGGUGGGCGUACGACGAGGAGAAGGCGAGUCGUUUGUGGCGAGACUCGUUGAGGAUGGUGGGUUUGGAAGAUGAGGCGUAA